AUGGCUGCCAACGUUGAUCUUUCCACUAAUGUAGCGGGUGUCAAGCUUCCAAAUCUCUUCUACAAUGCUUCAGGUGUCAUGUGUCAAACUGAAAAAGAAUUAAAUCAGUUGAUCGAAAGUGAUUCUGGUGCACUCAUCACCAAAUCUGCUACCUUUUUACCCCGGGAGGGUAACCCUUCUCCCCGUUAUACUGCGCUACCUAAUGGAAUCGGUAGUAUUAACUCUAUGGGCCUUCCUAAUGAAGGUUAUGAGUAUUACUUGAAUUUUGCAAAGAAUUACAACUACAACAACAGCAAAGGAAAGCCCCUCUUCAUUUCCUUAUCUGGCUUGUCUGUACAAGAUAAUGUAAACAUGAUUACCGCUUUCAAUGAUGCCGACUUGCCUUGCAUUUUAGAAGUCAACUUUUCUUGUCCUAACGUCCCUGGUAAGCCACAGUUAGGAUAUGAUUUCGAAGGUAUGGAAAAUGCUCUCACUGUCUUGGCUCCCUUGAUCAAAAAACCUUUCGGUAUCAAAUUACCGCCCUAUUUCGAUAUUGCUCAUUUCGAUAUUGCUGCGAACAUUUUCAACAAAUUCGAAAAUCUUGCUUAUGUCACAUGCAUUAAUUCAGUUGGUAACGGUUUAGCAAUUGAUGUGGAAACAGAACAAGUGUUGGUGAAGCCUAAAGAUGGCUUUGGUGGUUUAGGAGGGUUGAUGGUUUUGAACACAGCUUUGGCCAACGUGAAUGCAUUCUAUCGUCGUUUAUCACCCGGAAAGCAAGUGAUUGGUGUCGGUGGCGUCACAUCCGGUAAAGAAGCUUUUAUGCAUGUGCUGGCAGGUGCUAGUGCUGUGCAAAUUGGCACCACAUUGAAGGAAGAAGGUGAAGGUUGUUUUACUCGUAUCAGUAAAGAGUUAAGCGAGAUUAUGGCCUCUAAGGGCUAUAAGACUUUGGACGAUUUCCGUGGCAAGGUCAAGACUCCGUAA